CUUAGAACAAUAGAAGCGCACUAUCAGUACAACGGACAAUAGCAACCCAAAUAUUUAUUUAUUAGUAAACAACCAGCAGCGAUAAGCAUAGCCUAUAUAAGCAACUGGAACAAUAGCCUCGAGGUCACUUUAUCAUUAUCGACUGCCGAGUAACAAGUUACCACUUAAAACACUUGUACAGUUUAAGUGUAAUAUUCAAUAUUGAAGUACAUGUGAAUACGGUGAAAUAUUAUACAAAUAAAGAAUCAGUCAGAACCAAUCUCAUUGCCUAACUUAAAAUUUAUAUUUAUUUUAUUCCUAACGAGUAAAUAAAUUAACUGGCACCCAACGUGGGGCAGCAACAAAAAAGGAUCAUCAAUAAUAUUCUUAGUCAUUCUGCCUGAAAGGGAAGAACCUAGUCCCUGGAAACAAAAAAGGAUUCAUUUAAACCAUCCAAGAAGUUUACCAGUGCAUCAUCCCACACAACGUCAAUCAAAAGGGAUUCACAUAAAAAUCAUAAUACGACAACAAAUUGAAAGUAAAGGAUCAAUAUACCAUGCUUGGGAAACAACACGCUUUCAUAAAAAGAAUACCAUAUCAAGCAGCGCUCCAAGAAUACAACGGGAGACCGAUCUUUAGUAAAAUAAAUCAGCAAAUAAAUCAGCAAGAUGACAGAAGAAGCAAAUUUAAGUGCAUUAACCAACGCAAUCGCCGAUCUGCAACGACAGUUAUCCGAACUACAAAUAGGAAGAAGUGCAACCAUUCCACAACGAACAGAACAAAUAUGUUCUUACACCAGACCAGAAGAAGUGGAUCUGAAUAUGUUUAAAUCAAUAACAUAAUUUAAUGGUAAUUGCCAGUGUUUAAAUUGCUGCAGUCGAAGUAGCAAAAGUCGUAGAAUUUUUGCUUUUUACUGCUUCGACUUCUUUUAACUGUUUCAAAUUUGCUUUUGCUUUUGCUUUUGCUUAUGCUUUAGAAAAAGCAGCAGUCGCAAGCAAAGCAAAAGCAGAAAACAAUUAUUAGGAAAAUGCGCAGCACUUUUGAGGUCAUUGGUUUGCAGUUUUUUACAUUGCUUUGCUUGUGUUUGAUCAGCUGCACAAACCAAAGCAAAAGCGUUAUACGAGUACAUAUUUGCUUCGCAAGUUGUCAGCAGUCGCAGUCGCGAAACAGUUUUUUCGAUCAUUUUAAAACUGUUAAUCACUUCGACAGUUUUAAAUUAUUUUGCUAUUUAAGGGCACAUUGAAAAAAUUGAUGGUCAUUAGUUUUUCUUAACUGCAAUGGGGCGGAGCAAGCAAUCGGAAAUUUGGCAGUUUUUUGAUAACAAUCCAGACGACGGUUUUGCUACAUGCAAAACUUGUAAAAAUAAACUAAAAAAUAAUAGACUGUCGAACUUAAAAACACAUUUAAUUAAAAUACACAGUAUAAAUGUUUCAUUGAAUAAUACAGAACUAUCGGAAACUUCUUCGAUAACUUCUUUAUCAAAAGUAAUAGUGAAAAAAAAAGUAACAAUUAAGAUUAAUAAAAAGCAGCUACUGAGAUCAUAUAUUGGUCUAGUCACCGAAGAUUCUAUUCCGUUUAAUGUGCUAAAUUCGGUAAAUAUGAAACAUAUUUUGAAUCCUAUUUGUGAAGGACUUUUUGCUGCAGACGGAAAACAAAGAUGUUUGAAUGCUUCAAACUCCAAGAAGACUUUACAGAUCGUUGCUAACAAUAUUCGAAACGACAUAACAGCAGAAGUGAAAAAAAGACUGUUAUCGUUAAAAAUAGACAGUUCUACGCGGCUAUACCGAAACAUUUUUGGCAUUAGUGCGCAAUUUAUAACAAAUGUGCUGAUAAAAUCACGCGUUCUAGGAAUGGUAGAAUUGAAGGGUGCUAGAUCGAGUACUAGCAAAAAUCUAGCCAUGGAAAUUAUAAAAACCUUAAAAAAAUACGACAUUACUUUAAGACAAAUAGUGUCAGUUACAUCGGAUAAUGGCGCAAAUAUGCUUAAAGCAACUAAAAUAUUGUCUUUUGUUUGGCAAGAAGAAUUGGAAGAAAAUGAAGCAGAUUGCGCGAAUGAUGAGUAUCUUAAAAAAAUCGAACUUGUUGAGGAAAUGCUAGAUAUGCUAUUGGGCGAUAUUCAAGUUUGCCGUUGCGCUGCUCAUACUUCACAGCUUUGGGCGCUCGACGUAACAAAAUCCUCAGCUGUAACAAAGUACCUAUUAACAUGCCGAAUGGUAGAAUUGAAGGGUGCUAGAUCGAGUACUAGCAAAAAUCUAGCCAUGGAAAUUAUAAAAACCUUAAAAAAAUACGACAUUACUUUAAGACAAAUAGUGUCAGUUACAUCGGAUAAUGGCGCAAAUAUGCUUAAAGCAACUAAAAUAUUGUCUUUUGUUUGGCAAGAAGAAUUGGAAGAAAAUGAAGCAGAUUGCGCGAAUGAUGAGUAUCUUAAAAAAAUCGAACUUGUUGAGGAAAUGCUAGAUAUGCUAUUGGGCGAUAUUCAAGUUUGCCGUUGCGCUGCUCAUACUUCACAGCUUUGGGCGCUCGACGUAACAAAAUCCUCAGCUGUAACAAAGUACCUAUUAACAUGCCGACAAACAGUUUAUGUGAAACAAAACCGACGAAAUAAAACAAAUCCACGGCAUUUGAAGAAAACAAUACAAGAGAAUCGUGAGGACACAAUUUUAACAACGGAGGGGAAGAUCGUACACAAGGCCAACCUCAGAAACAAUGAUGAAGACAACGCUGACAUUAAUCCUAGCAACAUCCUUAGCUCAGGAAAUAACCGACUUACAAGAUCGCAAGUACGUGUUAACCGAGACUGA